CGUUCCCCCAGCUGCAGGUGUUUGUUUUCUCGGCUACUCUUUCAGUGAGCUCUCAAGUCUGCAAUUAGAGAGCCAAACCCUUGUGUUGUUUAAUGCUGUGCAUGAAUGGUGCGCUUUCUCUCUCAAGAAAGCGUUCGUUCUUUCAGGUCGAUGAAGCCGAUUACCCAACAUUACACCGUCAAGUUCCUCAAACAAGCCCAUUUACUCCCAGUCCAAACGAGCUUAAUGAGCUGCACUUGAAUGCUAAUUGCGUGUAACUUUGUUUGCUGCUAACUAAAACGCAAUUAAACGUAAUUCGAGCGGAGUGGCUGUAAUCAAAGAUGAGCAGCGAAUCCGGUGGGUUUGGUUAAGACGUCGAGCGGUCGGGUAAUUGUUUUCUGGGCGCAGGGACAGGUGUGCUUGUGUAAGGCUAGUGAAAAUGCAAGCCAGAAAUGUCACUGUUUCUUAGCAUGAGGGGGCGUGGUGCACUGAAUGUCAUCAAGCCGGAGGUGGUGCGAACCUCAACGUGAAAUAUGACGAUAUUGGAAAAGCAUCUUCAGAGAUGAAUGCUUAUUGCACGGUUUCUGGAAUGCCCGUGUGCAUUUUUGGCAGUAAGAACCAGCAGGCCGUAGCUCUUUAUGAUGAAUAUCUUUAGCGUAAUUGUUUAGCUAGAUGUCAACGGGCGCAUUUUUCCAGGCGCUUUGUUAUUGGGGCUCAUAUUUCCUCUAACUUUGGUCUUGAUUUAUUUCCGAAACUUUGUAAGAAUGAAGUAGCAAGUUCCCUCUUCUCCAUAAAUCCCACAUCAUUGCUUUCCAACACUGAACAUUUUAUCGCCAUUUCAUGCGAGCAGUGUUGUGCAGGGUAGCUCUAAAUUGAGAUUGUGCUCUGUGUCUGCUCUGUCAGAUAUCAAGGUGACACCACAGAUGUUCGAUGAACAAACCAGAUGGCCUGCUCCUGCGGCCCUUCUGUCCUCUUUCUUAUUCAAGGACGUUUCCAGCUGUCCGUGUUGCUAUGCUGGCUGUGGAUUCCGCCUUCAGCCAUGCCCCGGAAUAUGAAUUUUCAUAACAAGCCAGCAAAUCGCAAUACUUUGAUUCAGGAGUAACAGAGGUUAAGGAUAUGCUUUUGAUUAUUUGGUUUGCACACGGUCAGUCUGGUGAUUUGUCAUGUUUGUUUGCUUAUUUUUUUUUUUUUCCCUGUAUUUGUUGAAAGUAGAUGAUGCUUUUUGUUUUUUUGUUAUCCUGCGACAAGAAACAGAUUGUUCGGGAUGCACUCCAAACAAACUGACAAAAAAUUGGCGGUAGCUGCUUGUAGAAGAAUAGGCACUCUUCCCAAUACAGAAAGCUGACUUUGGGAGCCAACGUCAGUGUUGAAACUGCAAUCGAGACUAGAAAAACUGGCACAAGUAAAAGAAAAAGAAUGUCCCACUACACAGACGAGCCGCGUUUCACCAUCGAGCAGAUUGACCUGCUGCAGAGGCUGCGGCACACGGGCAUGACCAAGCGGGAGAUCCUGCACGCGCUCGACACCCUGGAGCGGCUGGACCGCGAGCACGGGGAGAAGUUCGGCCACCGCGCCGCCUACGCGGCGGGCCCCAGGGCCCCCGGGGGCCCCGCCGCUGGCGGCGGCUCCGCCCCGGCCGCCCUGUCCUCCUCCAGCAGCAACGGCGCGCCGGCGGCCUCGUCCUCCACCGCCACGGCCACCGCCGCCACCCAGACGCAGUACCGGAGCAGCCUCUCCCCGUCGCCCACCAAUGGCUACGACGCCUCCCCGCCGGCCCCCGCCCCUUCCACCGCCGCCGCCGCCGUCGUCGCCGCCCAGAACGGGCGCGACGCCCUGUCGGCCGUGCCCAACGGGAAGCUGUCCCCGCCCCGUUUCCCCGGCAGCAGCGGCGUCGGCGUCGGGCCCGUCGUCCCCGCCCGGGCCUACGCCUACGACGUGGCGGACGAGGAGAUUGAGAUCGACGACAAGGUGGAGGAGCUCAUGAGGAGGGACAGCAACCUCAUCAAGGAGGAAAUCAAAGCCUUCCUGGCCAACCGCCGGAUCUCCCAGGCUGUGGUCGCCCAGGUCACAGGGAUCAGCCAGAGCCGGAUCUCCCACUGGCUUCUGCAGCAGGGCUCGGACCUCAGCGAGCAGAAGAAGAGGGCCUUCUUCCGCUGGUACCAGCUGGAGAAGACCUCGCCCGGCGCCACCCUGUCCAUGCGCCCUACCCCCUUGGCCCUGGAGGAGAUGGAGUGGAUGCAGACUCCGCCCCCUAUAAGCUCCGCCCCCGGGAGCUUCCGCCUGCGCAGAGGGAGCCGCUUCACCUGGAGGAAGGAGUGCCUCGCCGUGAUGGAGAGCUACUUCAAUGAGAACCAGUACCCGGACGAGGCCAAGAGAGAAGAGAUCGCCAAUGCCUGCAACGCGGUCAUACAGAAGCCAGGGAAGAAACUGACUGAGCUGGAGAGGGUGACUUCCCUGAAGGUCUACAAUUGGUUUGCAAACCGACGGAAGGAGAUCAAGAGGAGAGCGAAUAUCGAAGCAGCAAUCCUGGAGAGCCACGGGAUCGAUGUUCAGAGCCCAGGGGGCCACUCCAACAGCGACGACGUCGAUGGCAACGACUACUCCGAGCAGGCCUGCGAUGCUGUCUUUUUUGAAAAGAGGCCAUUCCCCCGACCCAGAUUUGACCUCUCCCCGCCCACACAGGUGCCCGUUUUGCCGCCCAGUUGGCUGGCGGCCAGGCCCAGCCUGGGCAGCGCGGGACCGCAGAGGGCCCCACCGGCUGGACGGCCGGGCGCGGGGCCGGGGAAGGCUGAGGGGGGCCCCAGACUGACCGCUGUCUCCUGGUCUCCCCCAUCCCUCCAGGACGACAGCAACAGCCACGGCGAGCACCAGGACCCCAUCACGCUCGCCGUGGAGAUGGCCGCCGUCAACCACUCCAUCCUGGCGCUGGCCCAGCAGGGCGGGGCCGGCGGCGAGAUCAAGACGGAGGUGCUGGACGACGACUGAGGAGGCGACCCGCGCGGGGGGGGGGUGGGGGUGGGAGGAGGCGGUCGGGGAGCAGGAGCGCGGGGAGGGAAGGGCAGCGAAGCGAAGUGAGCGCGUGCGAUGGGGCCGCGUUCGCCGUGGGGCGGGAGGACUAAACGAUGACCAAAGCCGCGUGUGACACCGUGUGAGUUCCUGCUUCACGCCCAAAGCCACCCCCCACCUCAUGUUCUCGUGGUCAUGGCAACCCUGCCUGCUCCUUGAUUGGACUCCACACGUUCCUCUUCUAUAUAUCUACAGGUUAAGUGUGAGUACAGCAUAACCACGUACGCUUUUGCCCAUUAGAAAGUUCAUUUCAUAGGACCCCACUCGCCUCCCCCUUGGCAUGGAUUCUGUUCACUUUCAGGGUGUUUUGUCUUUCCUUCACUGUAAAAAAAAAAAAAAAAAAAAUUCUGUCUUAAGUGUUUUAGUCUCGUAGUCUCGAGAUUUAAAAUCUUAUUUCUUUCUCUCAAGUGGAAAAUAUUAUCUUGUUUUAAGGUACUUUUUGUUUGGCAAGUGAAAUUGCCUGACCCCAUUGUCAAAUCUUGGAAUGAAUCAAACUGUCCCACUGCACUGGCAGUCGUUUUGUUUUGUUCAGUAAAAAAGCAAUAGAAAUAAGAUUUUAAGUGUAAAUCUAAGACUGAAAUGCUUAAGUUUAUCAUUAACCUUUUUUUUGUUUUCAAAGUGUUUUGUUUGAGCACCUGAUACAAUAACCACCUCCGGACGCCCGACCCCUCCCUCCCUUCCUCCGUCUCUCCGUCCCUCGUGAACGGGUGACCGAGGAAGACGGCGUCCCUCUCUUCCUUGGUUGCACUUCCGUACCUCCGUAUCCCACUCUAGCCCCCCCCCCCGUCCUACCUCCCGCGCGAUACGGUGUAGCGACUGGUGCCACGCCCCCCACCCACCGGCGCUACCUCGCGCACGACGUUCCAGUAGAACAGGCGUCGCUUCUCCAGUUAGCUCACGUACGACGUAGCAGAAGAACGCAGGGUUGGAAGUCUCUAGCUUGUCUCAUUUCGGGAGGAGACCCGAGGUUGCUAGCAUAGCGCGUUUUAGAGAGACGCUAGAGGCCGUUAGCGUAGCAGAUUUUCUGAGCGAACGCAGAGCUUGUGCCACAGCGUGCGAGCCUUCGUUCCCGUGGUGAUUCAAGAAAAAAAAGGGACAUUAUAUAUUUUGGACAUUUUAUGUUUUGUUUUUUUUUUCUGAAUCAUUGCUCAAUCAAAAUGAGGGUUUUUUUAAUUUAAAUUUAUGAAAUACAAAUGCUUCUGUGUGGAGAACGUGACUUUAAAAUCCCAAAGCGAUCAAAAGUGUGUUGAACUACAGGAGGAGGAUCUGCGUGUCAUAGACUAACUCAGUCCCAGGCGGCACGGUGCUCGGGUGGCUGGGGGGUGAGAUGGCCGUGAUCCCCGUAGCUGCUUAGCUGGGGGGGGGACACAUACACGCACCAGCCUCCUGACAGUCAUGCCAGCAGGGGGCGCCACCCCCAGCAAACACGCAGGCAUGACAGAGCCCUGCACUUGUGAGUCGUAAAUGGAAAUACAUUUGACUGUUGCUUGAACCCAAAGUGAUUUUAAAGUGGAAUUAUUUAAGAACAUAGCAGAUGCUCCUGCUGUCCAGAAAUGCUUAUAAUACAUACUGUUGAAUACAUUGUUUUAUAUCUAAUUAAUUUACCAGACACUGUUAUCCAGAAAUACUUUUUAAAAAGUAUAUAAGUACAUUGAAAUUGGUUACUAAGAACACUACAGAAUAUUAUUAUGAACAUACAUUGUUAUAGAGGCAAAACUGCUACGGUCACUAGUCGUAGGGAUAAUUAAUGGUUCAGCCUUCCCUGAGACAUCAGGUGGGCUGGAAAUGCUAAUCAGUCCUUUGGUCUUAUAAGGGUUGUGUUGGAAUUGAUUAUGAUCGUCUGAGUUCCUUUUCUGCUGUUUGACUGUUAAAUACCGUAUGGCAAAACAUUCUGGAGUGUAUGCCUCCUGGUCAAUAUUGGUUAAUCUAAUGGUAUGAGUUUCAGAUGCUUCAUAACCACAGGCAAGACGUUUGUUGAAGGAAAUUCUGACUGACAUGUUGGAUAGUAGUAUCCAAUCCCAGGAGAACAACGCAUCAUUGUCUACUUUUUUUCCCCCGUUCUUUGUCCCUGUUUAAAGAACGCAGAUUAUUAAUCGACUGGGCAUUAGGCACAUGAGGGGACAGACUGUAAUGAAGCAGGCGUGGUACGGUGGUUUGUUUCUCUGGAAUACGGGGGAAGACGGAAAAGCUAGCAACUAAACGGUCAUUUCCCCCUUUGUGUGUUAUCCUAUUGGCUCUUAGGAUGCUGCUGGCAACGUGAAAUGAAAAAUAAUAAUUUUUUUUUUGCUUAAGUACUCUCUGUCAUGUACUUUCUUAAAGUACUGUCUGUUGGAUGACAGCUAAGCUGACUGGCAAAUUGUGCCGCUUCAGAAUCUUUGAGGCACUGCUAUCAAGUAACCUAACGCUUGUCUCUAUAUGAAAUGCUUGUUGUACAAGGUAAACAAAAAAACCUUGAAAAAUUAAUCAGACAAAAUGUAUUUUUAAUGUUUUUUUUUUUGUUCGGGUUGUUGUUCUUCCUGUGUAUAAUUCUGCUAAGCAGAGAUGUAUAGAAUGAAAUGAGACGAUUUUUUGUUAUGUUUUUGAAAACUUUUGUUGUUAAAAGCCAAAAGUUUUAAUAUUGAACACUUUUGUUUGUUUCUUUUCCAUUUUAUGCUUUUUUUAUGUAAACUACCUGCCUGUUUGUGUUUUUAACUGUGAUUAUUCUUAAAGGCAAAGCACCCCCGGUAUUUUAGGUAAAGCUUUUUUCUGUUUAUUUUAAUAAUUGGUAAAUGAUCCCUGAAUUAGUAGUAGGACUUAUUAGAACAGCGCAUAUCCAAACUAAGACAACCCACUGGAGCUGCAGGGCAGCGGUGGCAUUGGACUUGCUGUAGCCAGUGGUCAGCCAUUUUAAGAUGUGUGCCUUGCUUCCACUUAAGUCUCUAUUCCACCCUGCCAGGGUCCUCAACCUCAAGGGCAGGACAGCUAGCAGACUUCACACCUGUGUGCUGUCGCUCUGCACUCUCCUGUAUAUUUUAUCUCGCAAACAUUUAAAACGAAGACCUGUGUGUUCUUCAAGGUACUCCCUUUUCUCAGCUUCCAUGUGUUUGCGUAUGAACCAGUGUUUCUCAACCCUGGUCCUGGGGACCCACUGCUCUGCACGUUUUAGAUGUUUCCCUGCUCCAACACACUUGAUUCAAAUGAAUGGGUCGUUAUCAAAGCUUCUGCAGAGCUUGAUGACGAUCCAUUCUUUUGAAUCAGGUGUGUUGGAGCAGGGAGACAUAUAAAACGUGCAGGGCAGUGGGUCCCCACGACCAGGGUUGAGAAACACUGGUAUAAACCGUCUCUCCGCUAUUAAAUUGACUCACACGUUACAAGUGUUAAGGUUGAUAUUAUUUUAGAACUUGAACUGUGUCAGAGCAGUUGUUGACCACAAGCAAUUGGGUAUCGAAACAAAGUUUGGCUUCCUCCAGAAUGAAAGUAAACGUCGAGUGUGUUACGAGUUACCAUUGUUCCGUGGCAAACAUUACGAAAAAUGUGUUUAUACAUGAAAAUAUCGUAUAGCUGUCAAGCAGGCAGAAUCAAGUAUUAAUCCAAGCCUGUGUGUGUGUGUCUUGUGUGUAGUAUCGGUAUAUAAAUUGUGUAAAAAGAAACAAAAGACAUAUUUUGUGGAUAACUUGGUAUUGAGGGUGGCUGUGAAUAACAGAGUCGUUUUUUCUGGCCUUGCCGAUCCGUCGGCGGUCGUGGACUUGAAACUGUGCUCCGCUAUGAGAGAAAACAAACGAGAUGGCAAUAACAAAUCAAAGUCCUUGGUUUGGAACGAAGAGACUUCAGGACAGACUGUGUCGGCCCAGGGGCUCGCUCACUGUAACUUCACAGAGCGGUUGUGCUCCGAGCCUGUCGAUGUGGGGAGGAAGGCAUGACCCAUGACCCCUUCCCUGAACGGGAGUGCUCUGCCUUUAAUCUUCCAGGGCUCGGAAACCUUACCUGUCCCUGUCACCUGUCCUUGUUGAAUAUGUGGACAAAAAUAAUACAUAUAAACGAGAUAAAUUAAAUCACUGUUGUAUCAUUAUGAGAGAAAAAUUCCUAUAUCUUCUAUUUCAGAAUUUAGUGCCUUUUUUGGAGAGUAGACUGUUCUGUAAUUAAAAUGUAGUAUACAGUGUACAUGCUUUUGUUACUAUUUUUGUUUCAGAAAAACUUUUUUUAAAAUGUGUUUAUUUCGGUAUUGUACUUACUAGAGAAUCAUAACUAUAUCAAAUGAACAAUAAAUAUGCAACCGAUC